AUGUCUGACCCAGUACCCGAGGGCCCUGAAAUCUCCACGGAUGUGCUCAUCGUCGGCGCCGGGCCUGUCGGCCUUAACCUAGCCUAUCAACUACGACGCUUUUCUUCACCACCCGUCAACAACGACAGUCGGCAAAUCUCAGUGCACAUCAUCGAGAAGUACCCCAAGCCCGUACAAGAAACAUUCGGCCGGGCCGUCACAUUCUGGCCGCGGUCGAUGGAAAUGCUCUCGCAGCUUGACCUUGCCGAACAAAUCACGCAGCAGUGCGUUGCGGUGAGGUCUAGCGCGGCAUAUGACCCACAAGGGAAUGAGGUCUUCGGUAGAGGAUGGAGUUUUCUGGAAGGCAUUGAGGACACGAGGUUCAAGUUUGCAAGUGUUCUGAGACAAAGGUAUGUGGAGGAUAUUUUCAGAAAGGAGUUGAGAGAUUUCGGGGUCGAAGUCAGCGAGGAUCAUGCAUUUGUCGAUCUGGAAAUAGAUGAGACAAAGCCAAUCGGUGAAGUUGGGAGGGUCAAAGCCAAAAUACUUGACUCAAGUGCUGGAGUGGGAAAGGAAAGAGAAUACAUUGUAAAGUGCCGGUACCUCAUAGGGUGUGAUGGUACAAGAACAUUGGUACGUGGAGCCGCUGGGAUCGACUCAGAUGGAGACAGAACGGAAGAUAAAUGGGUUCGCAUCGACGGAGUACUCAAAUCAACGACCAUGCCAAAACCAAGGGCAUAUGGAGCAAUCGAGAGCCCCGUAUAUGGUAAUGUGCUCUGGAUACCGCUAGAUCAUGGAGCGACGAGGAUAGGAUAUGCACUGAACGACGAAAGGAGAAAGUUGUACAAAGAGCUCAACCGAGAAGCAUUCAUCGAAGAAGCCAAAGUUGCUGUGAAGCCAUUUGACAUCGAGUAUGAACGAGUUGAUUGGGCGAGUGUUUACACUGUUGGACAGAGGGUUGCACAGAACUUUUCGGCAAAGGGGUCUGUUUUUCUUGCGGGAGAUGCUGCGCACAGCCAUUCGAGUGGAGCAGGUCAGGGAAUGAACGCCGGAAUGCACGACGCUGCCAAUCUUGGCUGGAAGAUGGCUUUGGUGUUGACAGGAGCACUAAAACAAGAAGUUCUGGACACUUAUAACAGCGAAAGACAGCCGAACUCACGGAAGCUAAUCAAAUAUGACGAGGACAUAAGUGUUCUGGUGACCGGCCGAUUGCCAAAGGGAUACCAAGGAGACAAGACCGAAGAUCCCAACGUUGUUCUUGGACGAAUAUUGCAAGAGGCAAAAGGUUUCAACACUGGAUUGACCAUUGGAUUUGCGCCCAACCUGGCAGUCUGGAGAGACGAUGCGGAUAAACCACAGGAUGAGAUUGACAAGAGAUCCAUUAUACCAGCACCCGCAAUCGCAGGGUACCGUGCACCAGACAUCCAGGUACUCGUACCCGCCCUGUGGGAGCCUGUCUGGCUCCAGAGCCUGAUGCGGAAUGUUGCUCAAUUCCACAUCCUGAUUUUCGCGGGCAAGGGACAACACGCCCGAGAUGCUUUCCUGAGUUUCAAAUCCGAUCUCGAGAAGAAUCAGAACAUCGCCAAAGCAAGCAUCAAUCUCACCAACAGGGUAUUGGUUAAUGCAAAUGGGGUUGGCGUUAACGGCGAUAGCAAGCACCCACAACUCUGGCCAGUCGAUUUCCUGACCAUCCUUCCUGAGAAGGUUGGCAAUGCAUGGUUCGAAUUGGGCACCGAUCCGAUAGGCAAGGUGUAUUACGACGGUGAUGGAAGCGCCAAUGCCAGAUAUAACGUGGACAUCGAGUCAGGUGCAGUUUUCGUGAUCAGGCCUGAUGGCUGGAUAGGGGCUCGGCUUGACUUGACAUCGGCCAACUUGGCCGUUGAUGUUGAUACCUACCUGGGUGCGUUGCUGCAUCGAUAG